AGAUCCCUACUUGCAUAUUACUACUCAGUCUAUUUCACUCACUUCACCAACAAUGGAUUAUCAAGGAGACACUCCUCCUCUCGAGGCUGACUAUGUGAUCGUCGGAGGGGGGACCUCCGGUCUCGUUCUCGCUGCUCGACUGUCUGAGGGAGACUCGGCCCGCUCUGUUAUCGUCCUGGAGGCUGGGAAGAACUUAGUCGAUGAUCCCCGAGUUCAGACUCCUGCCCUCUGGACCACCCUGAUGGGGUCCGAAGCAGAUUGGCAGUAUCAAUCCACGCCUCAGGCUGCUCUCGGUGAUCGAGUCAUCAAAGAGCCCCAGGGCAAGCUGCUUGGUGGCUCAUCCGGGAUCAACGGUCAAGCCUUUGUAGCGCCCACCAAGGCGGGAAUUGAUGGCUGGGAAAAAUUGGGUGCAACGGGAUGGACCUGGGCAAAUCUUUCCCCGUACUAUCGAAAGGCCUUCACUCUGCAGCUGCCAGAUGAAGACACCCGGGACCAUAUAGGCACAAGCUGGGUCGACCCCGAGGUCAACGGAACUUCGGGGCCCAUCAAGGUUUCUUUCCCAGCCGUACGACAAGACCCGCUUUCCAAGGCAUGGAUUGACACUUUUCGAGGAAUGGGCUACGGCGUCACCGGCGAUCCUUUCUCGGGUGUAUCAACUGGCGGUUACUCCAACCUAGCCGCUGUCGAUGCAGAAACAAAGACCCGUAGUUAUGCAGCCACGGGCUAUGGCGUGCCCGCCAUCCAACGUCCGAGCGUUCGCAUCCUCACCAAAGCAGUCGCCCAUCGAAUUCUUCUUUCUUCUGGAGAAUCCGGGGUUACAGCCACGGGAGUGGAAGCAGACUUUGAAGGGCAAGCCAUAGUCAUCAAAGCGAAAAGGGAGGUGAUUCUGACUGCUGGGGCUCUCAACACUCCAAGGCUGCUCGAACUGUCUGGCAUUGGAGGCAAAGCCAUUCUCGACAAGUUCAACAUCCCGGUCGUGAUCGACAACCCAAACGUCGGCGAGAAUCUCCAGGACCAUCUCAUGAGUGGGAUCAGCUUCGAGGUGAAGCCGGGGGUAAUGACCGGUGAUCCACUUCUGCGUCAGGAGCCCGACGCGGUCCAGACUGCAUUGCAAUUGUAUGCAGAACACAAAGCCGGGCCUAUGACUGUGGGCGGUGUGCAAUCUUGCGCCUACAUGCCUAUUAUCGAGUAUCAUGGCCACCAGGAGGCUAAGCGGGCGCAUUUCGAAACCUUCCCCGGUCACCCAGAUGCUCGCCACGAAGUGAUCCGAGACAUUUACGGACAGUUGGAUGCGCCCACCUGCUCAAUGUUUAUGUUCCUGGCCCAGGCAAACCUUCAUCAAGAUGGCAAGAGCUUUGUCGGCCAGGAGCUUCUGCCUGGGAAUUACCUCAGCCUGGGCCUCUCCCAAAGUCUACCCUUCUCUCGUGGAACGGUGCAUAUCGCCUCGUCGGACCCUGACGCGCCCCCGACAAUCGAUCCUCGUUAUUUCUCGAACCCACUAGAUCUGGACAUCAUGGCCCGUAACCUCCUGGACGUGGAGCGACUUCACGGUCUGAAGCCUAUCGCGAAUUAUCUGGUUGUCGAUGGACGACGCAAUCACCCUGACGCCUUUCUCACGGAUCUAGAAUCUGCUAAGAAAUACCUCCGUGACACGGCCACCACUACCUAUCAUUCAUGCGGUACCGUGGCUAUGCUUCCCCGAGAGAAAGGAGGAGUGGUGGACGAGAGCUUGCGUGUGUACGGAACCACCAACCUGCGUGUUUGUGAUGCGAGUAUCUUUCCUUUGAUUCCUGCUGCAAAUAUCAUGUCUACUGUGUACGCGGUGGCGGAAAGGGCGGCGGAUAUUAUCAGAGCUGAGGCUUAGAGCUGACCCUGACUAUGCAUACCUUGCCACCCCUUCCUCUUACUCUCUUCUCAUGGUCACCUAUCGAGCAGUGGUCUGUAGUCAAGGAGUAUAAAAAUAACUCAAUGUCUCAAACCAUAGCACACAAAGUGGUUAGCCAAAUAUGAUACUGUC